AUGAAAAAGAGUUUAGGUCCAACGGUGGCGGAGCUAUCACUACAAGACUACCCGCACAUCAAACCGGUGGCCAAAACCCAGUUCUCAAUGUUAACGGACGAAGUGCUCAAAUCGCUGAAAGCGGAUCACCCGGACGUCAAUACUAUCAUAUUGUGCGGCAUUGAGGCUCACGUCUGCGUUCAGGGAACAGCUCUUCAGGCCAUCAAUAAUGGCUAUGACGUGCAUAUAGUAGUGGACGGCUGUAGUUCCCGAUCAAUGGUUGACCGCAUGUUUGCAUUUGAACGCAUGAAAGCCGCCGGCGCUUGGCUUACGACUAGUGAAUCAGUUAUUCUGUAAGUUUGG